AUGGAUCUGGGUUCGUUACUUAACGGCCCUGAGCCUACUCGAUCACCAUUACCUACGGAGCCAAAUGUGGUUGUAACAACAGAAUCCGGCAGGACCGGCCUCCCAACAUCACUACCAACUCCGUCUCCCGAGAGGACACUGCCUUCUAUCGACAGACAUCGCAAACACGUUUCUGCACAAUUGCAAUACCACCCACACAGCGGAUCAGAGACGGAAUUGACGAUUGAUACAGCACGCAGUCAAAAGCGCAAUGGAGCUUUCCCCAGAUCACCAGAGAGUGGUCUAGAAUCCACCACUAGCUUAGCCUCUAGCCUUGGUCACCGGUCAAGGAACAGCUCUGUCGACUCUACAAAGAGAGCUGCCCUCUUCGAAUAUCAGAACCGAACGAACCUGAAAGCUUCUGGACACCCAAAGAUUGACAACCUGGACGAGGAGGCGUCUGAUGAUGCGUCAGAAGAUAGCCCUGUGAAGCAGCCCACAAGCGAGGCCAACCCUGCCGUCUCUGUCCCUGAACCUGAAGCAUUUUGCAUGUUUGUGCAGAAUUGUGAUACAGGAUCCCAGCUUCGAAAGGCCAUCUCCCACCUCUUUGGAAGAAACAAGUCUUGCACACUACGCAUACCCAAACAUGUCUGGGUAUACUACUGCCGCAAGCACUACCAAAGAGUGCGCUACCGCAACGCAAAGACAUACCCGCUUAACCAAAUGGAGCUUGUCAAGCUGCAGAUUGCUCGACUUCAAAGCUGGAGUGACGAGAAUAAGGCCUCCGGAAGCGGCCCGUUCAUCAAGCUUUGGACACUGUCUCUAAGAAAGCGAGAGCAGAAUCGCAUUGAACAUGGAGAGGAUGGUGGCGAAGCUGGUAGAGGCUCAGCCGAAGCCGUAGGUGUACCUACUUGGCUGUUGGAAAAGAUUGGUACUGGUUAUACAACGGCCGAUAUGAUGGAAGUUGCGGAUCGUCUCUAUGAUGAGAUUAACAGUGGCAAUCUCAGCCAAAUCCCCGAGAUUGAAUUCCUCCCCGACAUUGUCGAACCUCAAUCUACGGGUGGCAAGCUCAACCGAAGAAGAAAGAGUUCGGCACAAGCCAGAACUCCAAAGCGCAAAGCUUCGGAAGAGAAUGAAGGCCCAAUCUGUGACACAAAACAGUACCAUGCUGGAGUGCCUCAUUAUCGUCAGCAUAGCUUUGACGGCCAUGAUGAUCCUAGCAGCCCUACUGGAAAGCGGGCUCGCAUACAUCUCUACCAAAGAGAGGCGCCAAAGCAUGAACAGACUCUCCCAUCGCUUGCAGCUGCUGUGCCCUAUGCUGAUAUCCCCAGACGUGCGUCUAGCCACGCCAGGGUGCAUAGCAUCCCAAGGAUGCAGUCUCUUGGAUACCAGGAGGAGAGAUCCCUAAGCUAUCCUGGGUCGCAGGCGUACGAGCCACCUGCCAAUGGCGACUAUGCUACUCCCCAUGAUGCCUACAGAGGCCAGCAUCACUACACGGCACCAGUGCCAAGACACUAUCCUCCAGACCACUCGUCCUCCUUCCGAGGUAGAUUCGAAACCUCGGGUCGUGGCCGAAGACCAUCAAUGACUCGUGAACCCCACGGGGAAGACCAUUAUGAUGGUUAUGAGGCCCAUCGUCAUACACACAUGCGCUCAUCCAGCGCGUACACGUUGGCAAGCAAGCCUAUGGGCCACUACUCCCAACAGAAUAGCCCUCGACGGGAGACGGAGUACGUCCAUGUACCCCGAAACGGUGCAAGGGAUGAGGCUCCCUACACUGUUUCAUUCUAUGGACCAAAGAACCAUGGUUACAGAGGUUCGCCAAACUGGGAGAGAGGCCGAGAGACUCUGGCCUAUCGCCCACACAGCCAUGCCCACGAAGGGCACGAGACUGCGCACAAUGCGAGUACAUGGGUUCCACGAUAA